UAAGACCUGUGCGCACGCGCAGCUCAGGGUGUGUAGCUGUGGGUGGGGCUGUGUGUGUGUGUGUGAGUGUCUGAUGGCCGCUCCGGCUCCAGAGGUGCACAAGCACCACCAGCAGAAGAGCGUGUGCUUCACGAGGCCCAAGUACAGAGAGGGCCGCAGACUGAGGGCUGUGAAAGUAUAUACAAUAAAUUUGGAAUCGAGGCACCUGUUAAUACAAGGAGUACCAGCUAUAGGUGUCAUGAAGGAGUUGGUUGAACUUUUUGCUUUGUAUGGAACCAUUGAAGAGUACUCUGUACUGGAUGAAUACCCGGCAGAGGAAUUUACUGAAGUUUACAAAAUCAAAUACCAGCGAUUGCAGAGUGCGAGAAUAGCGAAACGCAAACUGGAUGAAAGAAGUUUCUUUGGUAGUUUGCUUCAUGUGUGUUAUGCACCAGAAUUUGAAACCGUUGAGGACACCAGAGCAAAAUUAAAGGACAGGAGAAGGUACAUAGCAAGAGCAACAAAGCAAGAUGUAGACCUGCACAAGAUAGAAAAGAAACCCGACAAUUCAGUUCCAUUACAGAAUCCUCACAUGGAAGUACUUUCCAAAAAGCCUGAACUCUUUGGGGGUUCAGAACCAAACCAGGAAGAAUGGAACACUGGGUAUUCCAUGUAUGACUAUCCUAUGUUACCACCUCCUCCACAGCCUGACUACCAACUUCCCAAAGGCAGACAAAUGAACUGUUUGGGCUAUCCUCCGGUGCCUAUGUCACAUGCCACCUCACCAAAAGACUUCAAUAUUUCUCCUGAAAAUUCUGCAGGUUUUAGAUCUGAAUUACCUUGGUUUCCUAACAGAAAACUGCAUAAACCUGAGGAGUUUCGUAGAGCAGAAGGAGAAAGUUGUUCUUUUAAUGUCAUUGAGUGCACAUCAUCUUUAAAGAGGAAUGUUUCUAGAUUUGUUCCAAGGACUGCUCAGCUGCAGAAUCGGAAAAGAAUGAAAGAACAAAUGACCAUGAAUGCUUUUGGUGAUUUGGAUAGCGAUAGGACUGCAGUUUUAAUAGGACCAAAACUUCCACAAGUUCAAAAGGUCGACCUGGGUGAUAAUUCUCUGAAUGUCUCAGCUAAUAUGAUUCGAAAUAAAUUAACAGAGGUCUUGUCCGUCCCUACAACAGCAACUGAAAAAAAUGAAGCACCUCAAACAAAAGCUCCAAAACAACGCAGGAGAAUUUAAAGAUGGGGACUGUAAUGGUAUCAACUCUAGAUAGUCGAAUUGGGGGAUUGUCCACUGCAUUGUCGGAAGUGCAGUCCUUCAGAGAAGAUCUUAAAGUUCAUGGCUGUUUUGUGGAGCCUUGUUGUAUACAGAAUGACUGUCACAUUCACUUACAAAUACACAGCCAUCUCACUUUACUGGAAAAAACCUUAAGUGCUUUGAGACAUUUUGCCAUGGUGAGACGCUGUAUCAGAUGCAAGGAUUCUUACCACUUAUGUUCACAAGAUAGGAUUUGAAGCACUCUAUGAAGAGCAGGCUUCUGAAAGGUUAAGUUGCAUUUAAUUACCUACAGACCAUGUUAAUACAGUAAAAGGAACAUAUUUUCCAUUUUGUUAAAUUAUUAAAGUUGUCUUAUUUUUUCACUAGAUAAAUGAAUAUCUGAACAAAUAAAUAUCUGAACCAAA